CAUAAUUGCUCAGGCAUACCAACAAUCGCCUUUCGAUAUCCCUACACACAAAACAAAACAAAAGAAACUGUGAUUCUAUCAGUACACAUUCGUAUUAGGAUUUUACAAGAAAUGGCGAUUGCCACGACACGUGACAGACGGAACAAUGCUGGGAACCGUAUGUCCAAACUUCUUGAUGAAGAGGAAGAUGAUGAUUUCUAUAAAACAACCUAUGGAGGCUUCAGUGAAAUUGAGGAUGAUGAUGAUUAUCAGUCUGAAGAAGAAGGAGAGGAUGAGGUAGAUUCAGACUUCAGUAUUGAGGAGAAUGAUGAACCAGUGACAGAUCAAGAUGAUGAUGAGCCGAAGAAGAAACGCAGACUCGUUACGAAGGCAUACAAAGAACCAGUGGUUAUACUACAGAAGAUUGAAAAGCCUGCUGAAGUUAAACAAAGAAAACCUCGAAAGAAAAUUAUAUCUGCAGAUAAUUUUGAACGCAAAUCAAUCAGACGGUCAACUGCAGCCAAAUCAGCUGCAACUCUGCAGCGCUUAAAAGAACGAACUGAAGAAGGACGUAGACGUAAAGGUAGGCGAGCAAGGGCUCGGGAUGAAUGGCAGCCCACUCAAGAGGAAUUACUGGAAGAAGCUAAAAUUACUGAACAGGAAAACCUUAAAUCUCUUGAGAAGUAUCAGAAACUAGAGAUGGAAAAGAAAAAGACAAGAACUGUGAAGAAGACAUUUCAGGGACCAAUAAUCCGCUAUCAUUCUAUGUCAAUGCCCCUAAUUGAAGUGAUGCAUCAUGAUCAGCAAGAAAGCCCAAUUACUGUGGAUGAGGGAGAUGAUGAACGUGAGAAACAGGAACCCACAUGUGUCACAGAGACUACUGAAAAGUGUAAUGAAAGAGAAAAUGAGGAAGAAACUGAACAAGAUGCUAACAAGAAUGAAGAAGAGAAGAGCAAAGAAGUGGGGAGUACUAUAAAUGAUGGUCGGUAUGAGAGGACUUUUAUCACCUUCCUCGAUGAGCAAGUGUUUCGAAAUGCGUUCCCACAGACUCAACCAAAGCCCCCAACAAGAAACAUCUGUCCCAUUACCAGGCUGCAAGCUCGGUAUUUUGAUCCAGUUACGCAACUACCUUAUAGCAAUAUGCAGGCAUUCCGUAUCCUUCGUGAGGCCUAUUAUCAACAACUAGAGGGACGUGGAGAUCGAAACAAUCCCGAAGUUGCCCGUUGGAUUGAAUGGCGACAAAAGAUGAAGGAACUGAAGUCUGCCAUUGUGCAGCAAAUUAGUAAAAGCAUACGUCUUGAACCUGCAUCUCUCCCUGUCACGACACAAUGAAUUAUAUAUUAAAAUAUAUUAUAAAAUA